AUGGGUUCUCUUAUUUCUCCCGUUGUUCCGUUCAUUGACUUCAACCACAAGGACUUGAAACAAGGGACAAGCGCAUGGGCUUCGGCGAUGAAACAAGUGUGCCAUGGCCUGGAAGAGUACGGUUGCUUCGUAGCUUUGUACGACGGAGUCCCUCCGGAGCUCGACGGUGCAAUCUUAAAGGCCACCGAGGAGUUGUUCGCCCUCCCCACGGAGAUCAAGAGCCAGAACGUCGUUGACAAGCCUCAGUUCGGCUACGCCGGCCAAAUACCCACCAUUCCCCUCUUCGAAGCCAUGGGAAUCGACAACGUCACGGAUCCAGAAGAAGUCGGCAAGUUCACCGAGCUCAUGUGGCCCGAUGGGAAUCACCGCUUCCGCGAGGUCGCGUACUCUUACUCCAUGAAAGUCGCGGAGCUAGAUCAUAUGGUGGUGAGGAUGAUCUUCGAGAAUUACGGCUUGGAGAAAUGCUAUGACUCUCAUGUCGCUUCCACUAGCUACCUCCUUCGGAUCUUGAAGUAUAGGGCGCCCGAGACCAGCGACCAGGGCGACAACGCCUUGCCCCGCCACACCGACAAGACCUUCCUGUCUAUACUUAACCAGAACCGCAUCAACGGCUUGGAAAUCAAGACCAAGGAAGGCGAGUGGAUCGGGAUCGACCUCCCUCCGAACGCUUUCAUAGUCAUGGCGGGCGAUGUGAGCAUGGCAUGGAGCAAUGACAGGAUACGUGCAUGUUAUCAUCGAGUGGCCAUGAAGGCAAGCACGACCCGGUACACGCUGGCCUUGUUCUCGUUCCUCAGCGGCAUGGUUCAAGUGCCUCGAGAGCUCGUCGAUGAGAACCACCCUCUCAAGUAUAAUCCAUUCGACAACGUGGGGUUGAUCAGUUUCUACGUGUCCGAGGAGGGUCGCAAGCACGAGUACACGGUCAAGGCUUAUUGUGGGAUCGAAACCCCUGUCGUCUGAUUAAUCAAAGGCUCAAUGAGCCCCUUGUUAUUUAUGUAACUGUGUGUUGGUGUGUGAUUUUGCAAUGUUGCUUCAAAUUAUCUGUCAUUUCUAU